AUGGCAGGCCUAGCAGUGGGAGGGAGCGGGGUAGAGAGGGGGGAUAAGAGCGUGCGUGGGGUUGUGGGCCUAGAUGAUGACGUGAUAGACACUUCAAACUCCUUCCAGAAGUCACCCUACCCCCCUCCUCCAUCUCUCUCAUACACGUACCAGGAGAUGUGGGGUUGUGAGGGAGGAGGGGAAGCAGAGGUAGUUGGGGCAGCACAGGCAGCAGGAGGGGUCGGACUUGACGCAGGAGGGAUAGCAGCGGACGCAGAAAGAGAAGCAGUAUCGUCAGUGCUGUCGCAUGCUGCUGCCCAGCGUCUUGCUGCGUGGCUGUCGCCUGCUGCCCUGCGACUGUCGCUUGUUGCUCUGCGACUGUCGCCUGCUGCCCUGCGACUGUCGCUUGUUGCUGCGCUGCUGGCACUGCUUGCUCAGCAGGUCGGCCCCACACGUGGCGAUUCCAAGCGGAGGGAGGGGGGGCUUGCUGUGGCUGCUGUUGCUGUUGCGCUGAUGCCUCUGGUUCUGUUGCUUCCUGUUGCUUCGUUGCUGCUGUCGCCUGUUGCUGCGCUGCUGCUGUCGUCUGUUGCUGCGCUGCUGCUGUCGCCUGUUGCUGCGCUGCUGCUGUCGUCUGUUGCUGCGCUGCUGCUGUCGCCUGUUGCUGCGCUGCUGCUGUCGUCUGUUGCUGCGCUGCUGCUGUCGCCUGUUGCUGUGCGACUGUCGCAUCUUUCUGCGUGGUUGUCGCCUGUUGCUGCGCGGCUGGCACCGCUUGCUCAGCAGGUCGGCCCCACACCCUCUUCCUCCUUCCCCCCUCCCUCUUUCCCCCCUUCCUCUUUCCCCCCAUCCGCCUCUUCCUCCCCUACCUCCUUCCCCCUUCCCUCUUUCCCCCCAUCCGCCUCUCCCUCCUCUUCCUCCCUCCCCUCUUCCUCCUCGUCCUCCCCUUCUUCCUCCCCCUCCGCGCUGCUGCUGCAUUCCAGAUCGCGGCCGUGGCCUUGUCGCCUGCUGCCAUUCCUCCUCCUCAUCCCCCCUCUCUCCCUCCUUCGCUCCCGUCCUCCCCUCCUCGCUCACUCCCUCUCUCAUCUCCUCUCUCGCUUCCCCUUCCGGCCUUUCCAUCUCUUCUUGUCUGACUCUGUCGCCACGCCGCCAGAGGCGAGUGGAGGCGCGCCGGCGGAGCCGCACUCAGGGAACGCCCAAGCCGCCAAAGCGCCGUAUAAGAUGCCCACACCGGAGGAGAUGGCGGCUCAGGAGAUGAUGAAUCAUUGCGGCGUGGGCGGCAUGGGGGUGAUGAUGGGUCUGCUGUUCUGCGGAGGCAUGGGGGUGAUGAUGGGUCUGCUGUUCGGCGCGUUGGACCAGCCGUUGCAUGUGGAGGAGAUGAGCACGCGGCAGCAGCUGGUGCAUGGGUUCAAGCAGAUGGCGCAGCGCAGUUGGCACACGGGCAAGACCUUUGCCGUCAUGGGGGCGAUCUUCUCGGCAUCGGAGUGCAUGGCGGAGAAGGCGAGGGCGAGGCAUGAUGAAGUGAAUACAGUCAUAGCUGGCUGUGUCACUGGGGGAGCACUCUCAGCCAGAGCGGGCCCGCAAGCAGCAUGCAUGGGGUGUGCCGGCUUCGCUGCCUUCUCACUCCUCAUUGAGAAGGUUCUAGAGCGAUACCACUAG